AUGGAGCAGGGGACUGCAGACCCAGCAAGGACACUAGUAGCCACAGAGGAGGUGGAGGGGAGAACAGAGCUGCCGGACCACUGGACACCCACAGACGGACAGACAGUCUGGACACCCACAGAUGGACCUCUUCAGCAGCAGCCAGGAUCCGACGCCACUGAGGCUUCGCCCCCCGAUCCCCUGCUGGUAUGGGCUCCCUCUGGGCGCCGGAUGCUGUCUGGCCUGCUGGGCCUGAACGUGGUGCUCCUCGGCGCCGCCCUGGUGGCUGGGGACGCAUUUCACCCCCGGGGCCUGAGGCACCAGGAGCCCAUGGUGUACCUGCUGCUGCUCAUGAUGCUCAGCCUAGCCUGGAUGCUCUGGUAUCUCACCUGGGCACGCCACCUGCCGGGCAUCACCCCGCACAAGGACCACCACGCCGGGGGGAUCACUGUGACAGUGGUGCUGAUGGUGUUUGCUGGGUUCAGCCUCCUGCUGCAUGUGUUUAAGAUGGGCUACUACAUCAUGAUGAGCGACUGCAAGCCGGUCACCAAGGUCAUAUUCCCCUUUGUGGAAGCACCCUUCCUCGCCCUGCAGGCCUAUUUGCUCUGGUCUCACUCCAAGGACUGCAUUCACAAGCACAAGAUCAUCACCAGGACUGGGUUGAUCAUCCUGCUGAGUGCGGAUCUACUGCUGUGGCUGAACGCAGUAACCGAGGACACGGUUCACAUGGAGAUGGAGAUGGAGAGGCAGGAGAGGGAUGCCACGGGCAACGGCGUCACACCCGCUAAUGACGAGGACACUCCUGAGCCAGGGCUCAUCAACUCGACCCUGUGCCAGUGCGGCCAGCGCACAUCGUGCGGGGCGUUCCGGAAGGGCAUCGAGAUUCUGUACCCCUUCAACAUCGAGUUCUACCUGAUGGCUGGUUGCAUGCUGUACGUCAUGUGGAAGAACGUGGGCCGCCGCGUGCAGGCCGUGUCCUCCCCGCAUCCGGCCGAGAAGGUGACGCUGCGCAGGCUCUACUCGGGGGGCGUCCCCCUCGGGGCAAUCAUGGGACUUCUAGUGCUGGUGGCAGGCCUUACCAUCUUCAUCCUGUACCAGGUGUGGGUGAGGCAGGUGGCGAAGCGCUUCACGGCCUUCUUCCUCUUCUAUGGCUACCACCUGGUCGUCAUGCCCAUGAUGGCCCUCUGCUCGCUGGCGGGCACGCUGGCGCACGAGCUGGACCGGCGGGCGCGAGAGGAGGGCCACAACCCCACGCGCAGCCUGGACGUGCUGCUGCUGGUGGCGGCCGCGCUGGGGCAGCUGGCCCUGUCCUACUUCUCGGUGGUGGCGGCGCUGGCGCAGGGCGUCGGGGACACGCUGGGGGGGCUGGAUCUCUCCUACUCCCUCCUCAGCCUGCUGGAGCUGGUGAUGCAGAACGUUUUCAUCAUCGAUGGGCUGCAAAGGCACCCCAGCCUUAAAAAAGGCCCCAGCAGGAGGCCAGGAGGUGUGGAGGCCAUCUUUAAGAGGAGAAAGGCCAGUGAACAGGCCGCUGCAGAGGUGGAUGGCGGAGGAGUAGGCCACUCUCUGCUGGACCAGGGGAAGGGAGCACCAGAACAAGCGGCUCAUGACGAAGAGCAAUCAAAUAACCACUAUAGCAUGAAGAGAGUCAUCCAAGAGAUCUGCUCCUUCCUCAUCCUCUCCAACAUCAUGCUGUGGGUGAUCCCAGCGUUUGGUGCCCACCCCCAGUUUGAGAACGGCCUGGGGAAGGAGUUCUACGGCUUCAGUGUGUGGUUCGUCCUGGUGAAUCUCGGCCAACCCCUGGGGGUCUUCUACAGGAUGCACUCGGUGGGGGCGCUCAUGGAGCUACUCAUCUCUGCCUAAAGACUAACCCCCCAGAUUGCUCCAAGGACUGUAACCAAUACCCUGUCUCUAAAUAACUAAGUUGCUUUGGAUAGAGGCAUCAGAGCUAAGUGUAAUGUAAUGUAAUUUAAUUUCUGAAUCUAUAGGCCAGCUGCUGGAUGUCUUGUACAGGAGGCACUCGGUGGGGGCGCUCAUGGAGCUACUCAUCUCUGCCUAAAGACUGACCCCCCAGAUUGCUCCAAGGACUGUAACCAAUACCCUGUCUCUAAAUAACUAAGUUGCUUUGGAUAGAGGCAUCAGAGCUAAGUGUAAUGUAAUGUAAUUUAAUUUCUGAAUCUAUAGGCCAGCUGCUGGAUGUCUUGUACAGGAGGCACUCGGUGGGGGCGUUCAUGGCGCUACUCAUCUCCGCCUCACUCAAUGACUUCACCCACAUAUUUUUAAAUCUGGCCCACUGAAAUGAAGACUAUAUAAUGUACCUUAUAGUACGUUGUAAUUUUUAACAUAGACACUAGCCCCUGGGUGUCUUCUAUAGGAUGCACUCGGUUGGCGCCCUCAUGGAGCUACUCAUCUUCGCCUGAACCGAGCACAAUUUUAUGGCUGAUAUAGUAAUUGCUCUAUCUACAAUGGGCCAGCCACUAGGGGUCUUACUUUUUUUACAGUACAUUUAGAAUAAGCCUUUAUCCAAAACGACUAAAGCACUCAGUGGGUGCGCUGAUGAAAGGGUUGCCAGAUGUGACUGAUGAUUUCCAGCAAAAAAAAUGCUGUUGGCUUUGUAUUCUAUGUUUGUGUGUACCUCAAGGGGGUGCAGAAAAGGUCAUUCGUUUCUAUCAGUCUAAUUGAACAUUUUCUACUUGUGAUGUUUUACGUCAAAUCACAGGCUAUUGACUUGGAUUUUUAAUGUGCUUCACAAAAAUUAGUGUUGUUCAGUUUGUGAUUGUGCUGUAGUUUUAAGUUUAACAAAAUACGUUUGAAAUAAGA